CUCGACUCCAACUCAACGACCGUCAUUCCAAAGAUGUAUUUAGAAAUUUUCCCGAAAGCAGCUUACACGGGAGACUGGAUGCUAGCUUUUCGAGUAGUCAUUCCGACUUACAUGGUGAUGGCCUUAUCGCAAUUCGUGACCUACCUACUAAUACUGAUCGUCGGUGAGAAGGAGAAGAAAAUCAAAGAGGGUAUGAAGAUAAUGGGUCUCCGCGAUUCCGUUUUUUGGUAAAUUACGAGUAAUUUUAGUUUGGAGUUUUGAGUAUGAGUAAAUGAUUCAAGUUAAACAAACCACCGCGCCAGGUCAGUGAAUCCGAAAGUAACAGGAGCUUGAAUAAAACGAACAAACAACUUAAAACUCUCAACCAAGCUAAAGUGUAGUCAAACAUGUCUCGAAGAUUAUACCCAAAUGCUAGGGGAAAA